CCAAGAACGUUCACCAGUUGCCGGCCAACGACCAGACAAAAUGGUGUCAGCUCAGCUCCUCAGGCUGAGCGCUUAAAGGAGCCGCAGCGCAUUGGGCCUGGUGGCCGCUGGAGACUACAAACGCUUGGUGGAGUACGGGAGAUAUUAGUCAUAUGAUAUUCUGUGUUUUUGGUAAUGAAGAAAGGCUUUGUAAGUGAAGCAUUAUAUAGAAAACCACAGAUGUCAGCUUCUCAGACACCUAGUCCAAUGUCUCCUGUGAGUUCGAGAUCGCCAUCUCCUCUUGGCCAACAGACAUCUCCAUCUGCUUGCAAAAGCAGAGAGCAGAGGCACCAACAACUUGAUAUGUCAGCAGAAAAUGUAGAAGCUGCUUUUGAGUAUGAAAAUGGUGUUAGUCCAGGAGUUAGAUACAUUACUGAAGCACUUAUAAAACGUCUGUCAAAACAGGAAGAUUUGGCAUGUAUAAGCUCACUGAAUCUUUCUUCCUCAAAGGAUGGGGAUAAGAAAUUUAAGUACAUAGAAAAUUUGGAAAACUGCUCUGAACUGGAGACACUAAAUCUUAGUAACAACCAAAUAGAGAAGAUUGAGAAGUUGGAUAAACUGAUGAAGUUGUGUGAACUCAAUUUGUCUUACAACAGAAUCAGUAAAAUUGAAGGUAUAGAACAUAUGCAUAAUCUACAAAAGCUGAACCUUGCAGGGAAUGAGAUUGAGUAUAUUCCUACGUGGGUAGGGAAGAAACUGAGAUCCCUGCGCAUCCUUGAUUUGAAAUGGAAUAAAGUAUCAUCACUCCGUGAUAUAGCUAAACUAAGGCCUCUACAAGAUCUGACCUCUCUAUUCCUUGCUGAUAAUCCAGUUGUAAGUCUGCCUCACUACUCCUUGUACACCGUAUUCCACUUGCGAGCACUGGAAAACUUGGAUGGACAGCCAGUGACAAAUUAUGACAGGCAGGAAGCUCUGGAGAGGUUUGAUUUAGAAGAGAGAGAUAAAUUAGAAAGACAGUUGGAAAACACAGUAAAGGAGUUGGAGGACCUUAAACUUAACCAGUCCCAAGUGCUUCAGCAACUACAUCAUCAAGAUGAGGUCAACAGAUCAUUAAAGGAAAAGAUUCUGCAACGGAAACAAAGCUAUGAAGACCUACAAAGGAACUUGAACACCAAAAAUGAAUUGUUAAAGCAGAAGACAAUGGAGCUAACCCGAGCUUGCCAGAAGCAGUAUGAAUUGGAGCAGGAACUGGCAUUUUAUAAGAUUGAUGCAAAAUUUGAGCCUUUAAAUUAUUUUCCACCAGAGGAUGUUGAACUUGAUAAUGUACCUGGUGAAAGCCCAUACAUUGGUAAGGCCAGGUAUAAAAGAAAUAUGUUUAUAAGAGAAUGCUACAUUGGUUACAAAGCUCAGCAGAUGAAGAUUGGAAGAAUGCAACCAAAUGAAGAUGACUUCUAUAGAAAACCCCAGCUGAAAUUGCAGCUCCAAACUCUAGAUGAACUACUAGAGGGUAAAGAAAAAAAGAUUUGUUCAGCACAAAGAACAUUAGAAGAACUGCAAAGUGCAGCAAGAAAUGCAGAGCAACAGGUUUUGCAGGUAACUGGGGAACUGCAACAACUGAAGGAUGCUUUGGCUCAGAAAAAACUAUCACAGGCCAACAAGGAAGACAUUGAACAGCAAUUGCAUGAAAAAAUAAAAAUCCUGCAUCAGCUACACAAGGAAGCUUUAGAACUGGAAAAACACUUGAAGAAACAGAAAAGAGAAAUGGGGAAAAAACAGAAAGAGCUUGACUGCUUGCAGAGUUCUCUUGCUUCUGUAAAUUCUGAAGGUCCAAGACACGCUCACAUGAAAGCUCAAAUACUGAGUAAAGAACAGGACUUUGAUGUAAUGAACAAACACUACAGACAGCUUGAGAGUCGCCUGGAUGAAAUGCUCUCUAGGAUUGCUAAGGAAACAGAAGAAAUCAGGGACUUGGAGCAACAGCUCACUGAUGGUCAAAUAGCAACAAAUGAAGCACUGAAAAGGGAUUUAGAAAGUAUUAUCACUGGAUUACAGGAAUAUCUGGAAAGUGUUAAGUGUCAGGCAAAACAGACCAAUGAUGAAUGCAAGAAGUUGCAGAAGGAUAAAGAAUCUUUGCUAGAAAGAUUGGCAGAUCUAGAGGAGGAAAGAAACAACCUGGAAAUAGUUGCCAUGGAUGCAGAAAAUAUGAAAAAAGAAAUUAAAAUGCUAGAGAGUGCACUCCAAGAGCAGCAAGAAAUAAAUGAAAUACUUAGAGAAGCACAAAAGGACACCAGCAUCUAUGAGGCUGAACUGGAAGCCCAGCUAAGAGACAAAGACACUGAAGUCGGUCAGCAAAAAGGAGAAUUGGAAAGACUGAAACGACUUAGCCAGAUGGAACUGUCAGCUCUGCAAGCUGAACUUGAAAAAGAAAGGCAACUGUUAGAGAAUGCUCUGAUGAAAGUAGAAGAGAAGGAGCAGCAAAACCAUAAGCUCCUUUCUCAGUUCAAACAAUUGCAGGGAGACAACAAUCUCUUGAAACAACAGCUUAAAGAUAUUCAGAAUCAGCUAAACCAUGUGGUUGGUAACUUAAUUCAUCCUGAAGAAGUCUUAGCUCGUAUAAAUGAGCUCAAGCAAAAGCUUCAGACAGGAGUUGGAGAGAUUACAUGUCAGAAUUCAGCUGAUGUUUUAGGGAAAAGCCUUGUAAAUCUGCAGAAAGAAUUUAAUGACAUCCUUGCUGAUGCUCAGAGGGAAAAAGAGAAAGCAUGGGCUAGACAGAGACAAUUGCAGGAAGAAAUGGUAUCCCAGCAGGAAAAACUGGAAGAAAUACAGGAGAAAUAUCGACAGGCACGUAUCAAAACAACAAAACCAAGAGUUAAAGUUGCAAACGCGCAGAAUAAGAACAAGGUCCAUCAGUUAAAGAAUGAAACUCAACAAUUACGUGAAAAAAUAAAGAGCAUGGAAGAAAUUCAGGGCCUUGCUUAUCAACAGCUCCAAAAGGCAGAUGAAGAGAAAAAGACAAUGCUUGCUCAACUGGAAGAGUUAGAAAAAAUGAAAAAAAUAGAAGAUGCCAGGGCACAAAUGCAAUUUGUCAGUCUGCAUAAAGAAUUGAAGGAAUUAAAGAGAGCAGUCAGCACUUCAGAUAAACUGGCAGCCACAGAGCUCUCUGUUGCUAAAAAUCAGCUAAAGGCUCUUCAUGGGACUGUUCUCAAAAUUAAUCAGGAGCGAGCUGAGGAGAUUGAGGAAACCAAAGAAUUCUGUGCUGAGGCAGCUCGUGCAGCUCAGGAUCUUGCCAGAGCAGAAGCAGAAAUAGAAUUGUUACAACAUCUCCUCAAAGAAAAUGAAGAACAACGUGAAAUGGAGAAAGCUGGUGAGGAGACUGUUGUAUCAGGCACUCAGAAGUUUGAAACUCAUAAAUUAAAUGAAGCUAUGGAGCAACAAAAGGCAGAAAUUGACCGUUUAAGACGGUUGUUGGAUAAUACCAGGACAGGUAGCAAAAAUGAAAUUGACAACUUACAAGAUGAAAUUGCAGCGCUCAAAAAUGUGCUUUCAUACCAGAAUGAUUAUAUCACAAGUAUAGCAGAUCCAUUGAAAAGAAGGGGAUACUGGUAUUACAUGCCAUCCUCACAGGCUUCAACUCCAGCUUCCGGCAGCACAAAAGAUUCUGGAGUUUGUUUACGAUGUUCUGGCCCAUUCAUACUCAGAGGAGGGGGUGGUCAGGACAGGCAGUGCAGGAAGGAAGACUUGCCCGAUCAAGGAGGAUGUUGGGUUUACUCACCAGUCAGAAAGAGGUUGCACAAAAGAAAUUCUGGUAAAGAUAGGAGGGCAAAAGAAGAUGGUGAAGGAAAUGAAGAAACUCAUGAUCACAAAGACCCUCCCUUUGUGCCACCACCUGGUACAGUUAUUUACACAGUUCUUCCAGAUGGUGCUCCUGUACCUCAGGGAACUGUGGUUUAUGGGCCUCCUCCUGCAGGUGGAGAUUCAGUUGCUCCUGGAUCUGUUAUCUAUGGCCCACCUCCUGUGGGAGCCCAAGUUGUUUAUGGCCCUCUUCCUCCAAACUUCACUGUUCCACUCAUUCCUGUUGGAGUGCUUCACUGCAAUGUGCCUGAACAUCAUGAUUUGGAGAGUGAAGUCUUGAGGCUAGAAGACACUGUGUAUUACUUAAAGUCUCAGCAAUACAAAGAUAGAUGGCCAGAGGCAGCUGAGCAUAAAUGCAAAAAAGUGGAAAAAUUGCAACGAAACAUUGAAGAACUUCUGCUUGAGAGAGAAGAGUUGGAACAUGAAGUAGCAGAGCAACAGCAAGCAGCUCAAAAACGGAACAAAUGCAAGGACGUUAUUGAAGGGUAUAGUGACAACAUUAUUGCAGAACUUCAACUAGAAAAGUCUCUUAAACAUCAUGAAGAUAUUGCAGGCGAAAUUGAGUGUAUAGAGAAGACUCUACUGAAACGACGAGCAGAGCUCAGAGAGGCAGAUAGGCUACUUUCAGAAGCUGAAGUGGAACUUGAGAGCAUGCGGGGGAAAACUAAAGAUGCUGUUCAGAAGUACAAUUAUGCCCAAAAGAGUCUGUCCCGUACUGAAACUAAAGCAAAGGAGCUAGAGCGAAGGGCUCGGAAAAUGGCCCUUAAACUUGUGAGAGCAGAUCAGCAAUUAAGGUUAUUACAGGCAGAUAAAAGGAAUUUAGAACAGCGUAAGAGGGAACAAGAAGGUAUGUUGAAGGAAAUGGACCAAAUGGUGGCGGCAAGAGACUCUGAGUUCCAGUCAUUAAACCAGGAGAUAGAAGUGCUAACUGAAAGUCUUCAGAAGCUUCAAGGAGAUAUUCAAGUUGCAGAAGGUAAUGAAGAACAUCACCUCCAAAUCCUUGGAGAAAUAGAAAGCCUUUUUCAGGGCAAGAAAACCGAACUUGAAAGAUUGAGAAACCAGAUUACUACUCACCAACAAGAGUUCUUGUUUCUGGAGCAACAGUUAAAUCAAGGGAGAGAAGAGCUCCAUGUCCUUGAAAACUGUAUUUCUCAGAAGAAAGGUGACCUCAGGGGAGCAAUUCAAGAUGAAGAGACUGAAGCAAAUGAAAAACUACACCAAAUAAGAGAAAUAAAACUACUUCUGGAAGAACUUAAUAAUGAGAGGAAAGAACUGCAUGUCCAGAUCAAUGAGAAAAGAACACAGCUUUCCUUCAUAAAGAAGGAUAUUGGAAAAGAGGAAGAAAAUCUUCAAGGAAUACUUGGGCAAAUUACCAAGCAUAAGAUAGAACUGAAACAUGUUCUGGAAAUGCUGGAGCUUGAAAAUAAUGAACUUCAAGGUUUGAAACUACAACAUGCCCAAAAGGUCAAUGAGCUAGAAAAGACUCAGGCUGCAGUUCUAGAAGAGAAGUUAAAAUUGGACAACAUUCAGAGAUUAUUUCAGUGUCAGCAAGGGGAAGUAGAUUGGCAGGAGCAACUACUACAGAAAAAACAUGAGGAAAACGAACGUCUGGUUUCUCAAGCACGCACUCUGCAAAGCAAUAUUGAGUCUUUGGAUAAAGAAAAAGAAAAACUUGAAGAUGACUGUCAGAGUUUGGAAAAGAAGUUCUCACAAACCAGAAGAGACUUAACUGCUAUUGAAGAUGCGAGAAGAGCCGCCUUGUCCAAUGUAGAAAAAAUGGAACUGGAUGUUAAAAACCUGCAGCAGGAGGUAGAUCUACUGAGCAAACAAAAAAAGUCACUGGAUGGAGGCAUUAUUGUUGUACAGAAAGAUCUUCAAGAAAAAAAGGAAGAACUAGAAACACUGAAAGGAGAAUUAGAUCACUCCAGGCAACAGCUUCAACUAGUAGAACAGGAUUUGAAAGAUAAUACAAGGCGUCAGGAUGAGUUGGUUAGAGAGCAGGCAACCCUGAAAGAAGAUAUCCUAGAGUAUUUAAGGAAAUGUAAGGAUUGCCAAGAGAGACAGAAAAAGAGGGAGAACAAACUGCAGCAGCUCCAGGAAGAGAUUGAAGAGAAAGAAACAGAGCUAGCCGAACAAGAAGCGAUUCUUCAUCGCCUCAAGCAAAAGUCAGAGCAUGAAGGAAAAAACCUGAAAAAAUAUACUGCUAAAGUGAAAGAUGAGAAAAUACGAUUGGAAAAGGAGCUAACAGAUCAACAGAAGAAACUGGAGCAGACAAUAGCAAAAGUAAGGCUGGCAGAAGAAGACCUCAGUAAGCUGGAAAAGGAGAAUUCCCAAUGUGCACCACUUGAAGAAACUGUCAGAAAAAGCAGACAUCAGCUCUCAGAAAAAGAAUUACAAUUACAACAAAAAAACAGCGAAAUACAGGCUCUUCAGAAAGAACUGGAAGUCUCCAAGUCUGAGCUAAACCAUCUCCAAGAUCAGAUAGCAUCAGAGAAGAAAAAAGCAGAAAAACAAAUUCUGAGUCUGAAAGAAGCAAUGAAAACGCAAAGUAUGCAGCUGGAAAGAAAACUGCAUGAUCAAACCCAUAAAAACAGCUGUUUGCAGAGUGAUAUAACGACUGCUGAACAAGUAGCGUGCAAUCACCAUGAGCAAGCCAAGCACCUUAAGGACCUUGACCAGGUCCAGCAGCCCCAGGUUAAAACUCGAGAAGACUUGGAAAAGAGACAAAGGGAAACAGAGAAUGCAGCAACGCUGCUUAACCUGGAGGCUGAAGAUGAAAUUAGGAUGGGGUUGAAAUCUUCAAGCCUGUCUUCAGAACUGCUGGAAGAUACAGAAGCAUCUUCUGAAGUAAAGGGAAGUCUGCACUGUGAAUCUGAUCACUUAAAGACUGAUCCCUUUGCUGCUGCUAAAGAAAGACUCCUCUCAUCGGAAGAAAAGUUGAAAUUUUCGCAAGCCAUCUUAAUGGAUGAACAAUGGCGUGGAGAGGCUCUCCGAGAAAAACUGCAGCACUGCGAAGAUUGGCUGAAGGCUCAGCUCCGGCAGUCCAUGUCCAAGCAAGCAGAAGUAUUAUUCAGAGGAAAGCAGCAAACAGAAGGCACCCUGCACAGCUUGAAGCGACAGGUUGAUGCGCUGGAUGACCUCGUCAGCAGCACUUCUUCAGACCCACUGGUUCUAGCCCAUAGCUCGAGUCUGUUCUCUCUUCGUCACACUCUGAAUUUAACCAAAACUCAGGCUACUCUGACAAGAUUUGCACACAGGCCGGCUGGUGUCUCGGUGGUGUCGCAGGCAGUGCAGACGACGCGUUCUGGCUCGUGAGGAGUUCCUCGGUGAGGCCCAGAGGUGAGAGCUGCCUUCAGUCCUGGUGGAGGCUGGCGCUGGCCCAGGGGCAGGCGUGCUCUCACACCGUGCUGCCCCUUUCCCGUGAUGGCGCUCCCGCGGUUGGUGUCCUCAUGCCUGAUACACACCUAUGAGCCAAAAGAGUAUUUUCAAGCAGAUGGCGGGUGAGAGCUGCUUGUACAUUCGGAUGACAUGGAGAAAUUGCUGCUGCAUUGAUCAGCUUGGAUGCUGAGCUAGUGCUAUCCUUGAUCCUUCAGGAACACUUCUCUGGUUUUAAUAGACAGCCUAUAGUCUAACUCAGUUGUACCUGGUUGUAAUACUGGCCUGGUACUUAAGCAUUCUUCUGUAAUUAAGUUAAAAAUAGAUUUCUUCUCAUGUAUGGCAGCUGCUUAAGUAAAGCUUCUAGCAGCCUCAGAGCUGCUCCUAGGCAGGUGCGAGGCAGCAGGAGUUAAGCCAGGCCUGCGAGUGCUGCCCAUGCCCCAGCAGUGCCUGACCCCCGGCCGCAGCUGCCACCCUCGGCCACUUCUACCUCACUGCUCACAAGCCUGGGCUAGGGAGGCACUGGCCACUACUCAGACAGCUCGCAGGGCCUGCUCUGUACUGUGAUGUGUUUGUAUGAGUAACUGAGCUUUAUGUAUGUAAGUUGGAGGUUGGUUGUAAAAACUAUUUUAAAUGUGGAUUUAAAUGUUUAAAACAACUGUUUCAUUUCAGUUUCUACUGCAAAGAAAACUUGAUUAUUAAAGACACAGAGUUGUCCAUUUA